UGUUAACAGUCAGAGCAGUCGGACGUCUGCACUCGGCUAUCGGUAUUGUGGCUCUCCCUGAGAUCAGGAGUUAAUCCCCCCACCCCCGUGUGACAGAGGCACAACCCGCAGCCAGAAUGGGCAACAAGCACUCUUGCAUCCCGAAACGGUUGAAACGAUUAAAGAAGAGGAGAAAAGGACUGAGAGAAAGUCGCGAACAAAUACAGAUUUAUAACAAGUUGCAAAACGGGUUGGAAACUGAUCACAAUCAAGAUUACUACAGCUUGCAGGCAGAAACAUGUUCAGCAAAGGAGCAAACUGAAGGAUCGCGCAGAGAUGGUGUUCGAAACAGUGGGCCAUUUAUUAAAAAUGGAUGCGUACCGGGAGAGCGGUCAAAGACGACGAUGAAUUUGGUUACAGAGCAAAAUGAUCGUUCUGAUAUAGAAGGCACACUGUUCCUCAAUCCCAUCAAGGAAUGGGAUCAAAGUGGGAUGGAGCUGGAAGAUUUAGGGGAAAUAAUCCAUUGCUCCAAGGUCAAGAUCAAUUGGCACUCCUGCAAGGAAGUAACUGACAGAUGUCUGGUACUCUUCCAAAACCACUUGGUGAUUCUCUCAGAUGACUUCCAUGGUUUCACUUACCAGGGCACACUGCCUUUAGCAGGGAUUUCCGUGCACGAUGUGAAUGGAGCUAGCGACGGUUCUGGGCAGAGCCAUAUGUUUCAAAUCACAGGUCCUUUGGUGCACCCUUUUACUGUCUACUGCUCAACAGAAGAGGAAGUGAAGGAGUGGCUUUAUCACCUUGACAGACAGAGGGAGGAGAACAGCAAGGUUCCAGCAAUAUGUCGGGGACGAUCAUUGAGAACCAGUAAUUCCAACUCCCCUGGGCAACGCAACCACGAUACGGACUUGAGGACGUUGGUACUGAGCCAGCCUCUCUAUGGAGGGGAGAGGACAAGCAUCAGUUCCCUGGGUAACAUCCUCUGGAUAUCAGAGGCAAAGCUGCAACACUUGCCUUCUCAGGAGAAGCAUGACCGCCUCUUGGUUCUCUUCCCAACUACGCUUCUCAUCCUAAUGCAAGUCGACUACUCCCUGGUUUACAAGGGGGAGCUUCCACUUAAUGCUCUAACUAUAUCAGAACAAGAUCCAUCUGAUAGCGAUUCACGCACGCUGUUGAUGGAAGGUAAAAUGAUCAAUCAGAUCGUGGUGUCCUGCCCCAGCAGAUCUGUAUACCAGAGCCUAAUCCAUCACCUCAGCUCUACAGGGGUCACGGUCCACAAAUACUCCCUGGUCAUUACAGAACGUGACGGCAAACACUCGUUGCAACGCAGAGAACAGCUUGUAAACAAGAGCGAUCCUUUACUGGAAACACAAGGAGGAAAAGGAAGUCCAGGAGAAGUGUACGGAGUCUUCACCUUUCCCCAAAAGCCAAUAGAAAUGAUCUCUGUGUCAGAGCAUCUGCCCACAGUGAUUGCCGAGACGGAACAACCCCUCUCCCCUGAUUACACAGAGCCUUACACUCCUCCUCCAUUGCGUUCCUCUGCGCCGGCUAAUCAUUUAAACCUUCCUUCAAUUGUGAAGAAGCAUAAAUCCUCACCCCUCCCGGCCUGCCGGAACAGCGUGAAGGCCCCGGGCCGUAAGCUGCAUUCUUUGUCCCAGCCUUCGCCCCUGUCCAGCAGCGUUUCCGAGAACCUGCUCGUUACUGGAAAUCGCCUGUCGUUCGGCUACGCAGAGCCCUUUGCCGCUUUGAAGAUGGAGGCAGCCCUUCCUGAGGACGUGCUAUCUCAUGGACAGACGGUCUCCACUCAGGAUCCUUUAACGAACUGGGAACAGAGUACCAAUCGGAGAUCAGGAUCCAAUAACUCCAGGCCAUCUCCUGUCACAACGCAACCAGGCAGCACUGGUGUUAAUCAUUGUUUGUCUAAUGGUGGAUGUCUCAACAACCCUCUGUCUCCCACCUACGCUGAACCAUACCUGCCGUUAAGAUUGCAGCCAGCACCCCCUGCAAAGGCAGUUUGGCUCCGAGAGCCUUUAUCCAGACACAGUUCGUCACCAUUACCAGCCCACGAAGGUGAUCAGAGAGCGUCGCUUUGGAAGACCCCUGCGUUGUCCCGGCAGCCUGGAAGCUACAAUGCUUGUUUCAGGGAGGACCGUUACUCACCUACAGUUGGUCCCAUGGACACCCCUCUGUCACCAGCAUAUGCUGAGCCCUUUGGGGGAAUCAUGAGAGACUCUCCAUCUAUAAGAGGCUCUGCUGCUGAGCCUGUCUUCAAGCAGAAAGAUUCAUCGGAUGCGGAUCAUUGGAGCAUCAUGGUCCCAUCCACAGAGGGAAGGUUCUCUCUAUCAUCACCUUCCGUGUCAGAGAACAGUUCCUGUGCAUACAUGGAUGGAAAACCGCUCAGUGAUAUUCUUUCCCCUACGUAUGCAGAACCCUAUAACUCUUUUCAGUUUCCCUUGGACUGCCACAGGGUCAGAGACGGGGUACCCAGGAAAGGAAGUACUGAUUUUCCUGUCCAUUUCUCCAAAGAUGACAACUCUGAAUAUUUUGCAAUAAUGGAAGUUUUAGAUAGCUACAGAGAAGAGAAGGCAAUGAGCUGGUACAGCGAUGACACCAGGUUCUCCAUCACCUCUUCUGAACCCACCUACGCGGAACUCGAGAGCCCUCAGGCGGACACCGAUGAUGGAUUCUGGGACUUCAAGCAGCAGCUAAUGCCCCAUCUUUCCCCCGCCACCCUCAGGAAGGUGUGCCAGCGAGGGAUGGUCGACUCGAGACUGCAGGGGGUGCUGCAUAGGUGGUCCUGAACCCCUGGGAAACUGUUUACUCUCUGAAUUGUUUGGAAUAUCAUCCCAUUAUGGUGAAUGUGAAGAUGCAGUACUCUACUAGCCUGCGAAGAAGGGUCCAACGUUUUGGAAAAAGAUUUGUUUCAACUUUUGUUAAUUUCUCCCCCUUCCUUCCUUCUCUCUUUCCUCUAUUCACAAUUCUGGCUCCCCUCUUACCCCUUCUCUUCACCUAGCUAUCUCCUCUCUCUGGUGCCCCUCCUCCUUCCCUUUGUCCUAUGGCCCACUUCUCUCUUAUUCCCCUUUCUGGCUCCCCUCUUGCCCCUUCUCCUCACCUGCCCAUUACCCCUCUCUGAAGCCCCUCCUACUUCUCUUUCUCCCAUGGUCCACUCUCCUCUCCCAUCAGAUUAAUUCUUUUUCAGCCCUUUAUCUCCUACCCUUAUCACCUGCCAGCUUCUCCCUUCAUUCCCCCUUCCCACCUUCCCCCUUACCUGGUCUCACCUGUCACCUGCCAGCUUCUCACUUCAUUCCCCCUCCCCACCUUCCCCCUUACCUGGUCUCACCCGUCACCUGCCAGCUUCUCACUUCAUUCCCCCUCCCCACCUUCCCCCUUACCUGGUCUCACCUGUCACCUGCCAGCUUCUCACUUCAUUCCCCCUCCCCACCUUCCCCCUUACCUGGUCUCACCUGUCACCUGCCAGCUUGUACUCCUUCCCCUUAGCAUAGUCCUUGCUAAUGCUGUGGUACCUCUUGUCUGAUGGCAGGGGGUCAAAGAGAUUGUUGGACAGAUGGGAGGGAUGAUGAAGUGUCGCGACCCAAAGCGUUGACAGUUCGUUCAUUUCCAGUUCGUUCAUUUGCUGCCUGACCUGCUGAAUUCCUUUGCCAGUUUUAUUUGUGUUGAUUUAGAUUUCCAGGAUCAGCAGAACCGCCCAUAUUUAUGAACCCUGUACCAACCUGUGAUUAUUGACCUCUGUUUAUUUUCUGCGUCUGUUUUCUUAAAGUAUCCUUGACUGUUGGUCAUGGAGGAGACACUUCUAGAUACCUCUCUUGUCUUAGCCCAUCACCCUUACUAGGGCAUAGGCCGCCAGCAGCAGAUCGCCAAAGUCCUCUAUGCUGGGUUAGUCUUUCAAGUUAUCCCAGGUGUAGGACAUCUUCUAGGUAAACCUUCAUUUCUCAGGGAAGAGAUCUUUGGAGCUUCUGUUGGCGUUUCUGUAUAUGGGAUGGAGUUGUUAGCCCCAUGCCCAACCCUCCUUUCGCAGUCAGGCUUGGGACAGUCCAUGGCGGAGUUGGUCUAGAUAUCAGUCAGCUGAAAUUCACUUACACUCAGUGGCCACUUUAUUAGGUACAUCUGUACACCUGCUUAUUAAUGCAAAUAUCUAAUCAGCCAAUCAUGUGGCAGCAACUUAAUGCAUAAAAACCUGCAGACAUGGUCAAGAGAUUCAGUUAUUGUUCAGACCAAACAUCAGAAUGGGAAAGAAAUGUGAUCUAAGUGACUUUGCCUGUGAAAUGAUUGUUGGUGCCAGACGUCGCGCUUUGAGUAUCUCAGAAACUGCUGAUCUCCUGGAAUUUUCAUGCACAACAGAGAACAGUGUGAAAAACAAAAAAAAAUCCAAUGAGUGGCAGUUCAGUGGGCAAAAAUGCCUUGUUAGUGCGAGAGAUCAGAGAGAAUAGUCAGAUUAGUUCAAGCUGAUAGGAAAGCAACAGUAACUCAAAUAACUAUAGUGAUGUGCAGAAGAGCGUCUCUGAAUGGACAGUACUUAAAACCUUGAAGUGUUUGAGUCACACCAGAUUCCACUCCUGUACCUUAUAAAGUGGCCACUGAGUGGAAGUUCACAUUCAUAAUCAGGAAUGGAUGGUUUUGUUGAGACAUCAAAAAGAAUUGGCUCAGAUAAAUCUAGGGUAAAGGUCUCGGCAUGAAAGGUCGACCUCGUAUUUACUUCCAUAGAUCUUGCCUGAUCUGCCGAGUUCCUCUCGUAUUUUGUGUGUGUUGAUCUGAAUUUCCAGCAUCUGCAGAAUCUCUUCCAUUUAGGAUGAAGAUCAGUACUGUUUUGGUGUCAUAGCAGUAUAGGCUUAAUGAUCUGAAUGACUCCGCUUGUGAUUAAUAGUGGCUACGUCACGACUUUACCAGAUUGAGAGUCUACGAGUUUAGCUCUACGCCAUUUGGGACCAGGCAAAAAUUAAAACAGUUUACACUUGUGUGAAAAUAUUUGGUGAAAUUCUUCAUGAUGUGAGCAGGUCUUAUAUCAUCCUGUUAUAUUCUAUUGUUAAUAUUUUUAUUGUUUAUUUUUAAACUAUUCCCAUUGCCUUGUAAUAAUUAAAUUCUUAUUGUAUAAUGUCGUUUAUGUAACAGCUCUUGAGUGAGUGUAAUAAAGUGGAUGUUG